UCGGUUAAAAAGUGAACGCAAACAGCAAGUAUAUUUUGUUUCCACAAGUAAUUUAAUAGAAUUUAAUUCUAAUUUUGAUUUAUUUAAAUUUAUAGAAAAAUAAUUAGUUGUCUUAAUUAUUUCACAUACGUACUAAAUAAUGGAUAACGUCUUUGUGUCAAAAGGUUGUAUAUCUUGUCCCGGAAAAUAUAAAAUUGGACGUGGAAAAAAGAAAAAUGUUGAUGCAUCCCCUGAUGAACCCUGGUAUCAUGCUUCUAAACAAGCCUGGCUCACUAUUAAAAAUGCAGCUGAGGAAAUUAAUAAUGACAUGUUUAAACAAAUAUUGUGUGAUUUACAUGGUUACGUUAAAAAUAUUAAAGAGGAUGUAUCAGAUAAUUAUUUGAAAGAAAUACAAACAGCUAUUUUGUUGACUGGUAUUAAUCUUCCUGAUCAUGAAGUAUUAUUCAGUAAAUUAACUGAUAAAUUUACCAGUAUUACUAAUCACAUUGCUCUUGUACAGUCAAGAGACUCAACAAAUAUGAAAAGUUUAAUUGAAGAAACAAUAUAUCAAUUACUUAAUAGCCCAAAUGAUAAUUGUGAAAUUGAAUUUAAAAAAAAUCAAUGUAAUUUUCGAGUACUUGAAGCUUGGUACAAAGAAUAUUGUGAAAAAAAUACUCCACUUGUUAUAAUUAUUCCUGAUUUUGAAAGUUUUAAUUCAUCUGUUUUACGUGAUUUUAUUUUAAUACUCAGUUCUUAUUCAAGAAGCGUAAAAUUCAUUCUUCUAUUUGGAGUCGCAACAACUCUUCAUGUUGUUCACAGAUCUCUGUCUUAUGAUGUCACAUCUAAAUUACGAGUUCAAGUAUUUCAUACACCAACACAAAUAACAAGUUUGUCAGACAUACUUGAAGGUACUGUUUUGUCAGGUAAAACUCCAUUCAUGUUGACAGGACGUGCAUUUCAAUUGCUAACAGAUAUAUUUUUAUUUUAUGAUUUUUCUGUUUAUGCAUUUCUACAGGGUUACAAGCUCUGUAUGAUUCAACAUUUUUAUGGAAAUAAUUUUUCAACACUUUGUUGUGAUUAUAAAGAUAUUGAUAAACGAUUUGAUCAAUUGAGUUUAAAUGAUAUUAAUGAUUUAAAAAAAUUACCAACAAUUAUGAAAUAUUUUGAUAAUUUAAAUGAAAAUAUUGAUGAUAUUAAUUUGGCUGAAUUUAAAAAAAUAAUUGUAAAACUUUUAAAAAAAUUUCAACAUGCAAUGGAUGGUUUUUUUACUGUAUUAAAGUGUCUUCAUUCGUUGACUUUUUCUCUGCCUGGUUCACCACUGGGAAAGCAGCUUCGUGAAGUAUAUGCCAAAGCUGUUACCUGCGAUAUUGUUGAUAUGAAAGAGUACAAAGAUUGUAUACAAUUGUUAAAUUAUUCAUCGAAAGAAGAACUCUUAACAAAACUUGAUAAAAUUAUAAAAAUACUUGAAACAGAUAAUAAAUCAAAUUUAAAAGAUUUUGAAGUUAAUUUAAAAAAGCAUUAUAAUAUUAUUAAAAAUGCAAGUCUUGAAGUAUCUAACACAGUGGCAGAAACUGUUAGUGUUGAUGAUAAGCUAAGUAGACAACAAUUGAAAGAGAAAUUAUUAAAAAUGUCACAGCAACAAGCACGCUCACCUUUCAAGCAAGCUCAAAUAGAUCUUUUUGAUUAUCUCAACAAUAGUAUAUUUGCUGUUCAUCUUGUAAAUCCAAAUCGUUUACCAGCAAGUGAAAUAUUUUGUUUCAGUGAUGCAUAUAUAGCAAAGCAUCAUCUUCGAGGUUCAGUGAGAGCAGCUAUACAUACUGGUCUCAAUAAUCCACAAACAUAUAUCAACUGUGGCUGUUGCAAAUUGGAGAACGACGAGGUGAUUCAACCAACUCUACCUGACCUUAGUAUUAUUUACAAGAUACACUUGGAGUCGAGGAAACUGAUCAAUAUGUACGACUGGCUACAGGCAUUUCUCACUGUUAUCAGUCCAAAUGAUCAAACUGAUGAGCAACGUGAAAUUGAUCCAAAUAUUCAAGCUCGUUUUACUCGUGCUAUUGCAGAGCUCCAAUUUCUUGGAUUUAUCAAGUCUUCACGUAGAAAGACUGAUCACGUUAAACGUCUAACAUAAUUAGUUUUUAAAAUUAUAUCAAUUCAAUUAUCAUUAUACAUUUGAAUAACAAUAAAUUUUUUUAUUUUCAUAUAACAAAAAAAAACAAAAAAUGAUAGUUAAUUAUUUAAUAGUAUUAAGUGUUUUUAAUAUUCGAGAAUUUAUAUGUCAAGUAAUGAAAAGAUGUAUCAGGUUAAUCAAAUUAUCAACAACUAAAGUGAAUAUUAAAAUGAACAGGUAUAUAAUCUGUGUUUCAACAAACGAGUAUCAAAUUAAUGAUAAGAGUCUACACGAGUUUAAACUUGAAUAUUUUGAUAUU